AUGAAGAUGGAGGAGGCCUACGGAGAAGUUCCUGUAAACGGCAGGACUCAGAGGAUUGCGAAACCAGGUGAGUCCGUUCAGGCAUACGGACUCCGGUUGAGAGAGCUGUACCGUAAACUACAGAAACACAAUGCAACUGAAGCACCCACUGAUAUUCACCUUAGGGACCAAUUCCUGCUUGGCCUGGAGGAUGGCGCCAUGCUUCAGCUGCUAAAGCGAGUUGUGCGCCUAGACCCUGAUGCGACCUUCAGCGCUGUUCAACAAGAGGCUCUUCUAUUAGAAGAGGAACAAAGUCCAAGAUGGCCUGAAGCGACAUGUGCCGCGGUAAGGGACCCUAACACUGUUCGAUCUCAACAGAGUGAUGUGUGGAAACAGGAGCUGAAAAAGGAACUUAUGGAGGAAGUAAAGGCCCAGAUGAAGGACCUGGCCUGUGAACUGAUCAAGGACCAGAGGACAAAGGGUCCCAUGCCAACAUCAGCGUACCCCAGGAUUGUUCCCCCACGUCGCCGAGGGAAAUGGCACCCGGACCGUGACACCAGUUACCAAUGGGAUGAGGAUGCGGCCUAUACAGUGGGGUCAGGUCAGCGAGACCAAAAGGCCACGACCGAUUUAGUGGGGAACUGCCCCUAUGUGGAGGUGUUUGUGGGAGGAGUCAGGUUGGAGGGACUUUUGGAUACUGGCUCACAAGUGACACUUAUGCAGCAGAGCCUGUUCCUCGAACAUUUCCCUGACUGUGAUGUUAGUAAUGCACCUACCUACAUCCAGCUUAAGGCGGCAAAUGGCCUUAAGAUCCCCUGUAUAGGGUACGCCCUAAUGGACUUUAAGAUUGAGGGUGUUGAUAUUAACCAGAAGGGUGUUUUUGUAGUGACUGAUGAAUGUUCUACUAACCCCUUUGUCAUUGGCAUGAAUGUAAUUAGACCCUGUUGGGAUGUAGUCUUCUGCAACCCGGGGAAGCCUUUGUCUUUUUGCUGCCAGAGCCCGAGGUUCCAACGGGCAUGGCGGGAGGCUUUUUCUCUUUGCCGGAGGAUAACUGUUGCCACAGAGGACGACUUCAAAGGAUAUGUCUGGCCAGCUCAGCGACGAGGGGUUAAGAUCCCGGCAAGAAGCGAGGUGGUGAUCUGGGGACGAGCUCGAGCAGGACCAGCUGGGAGAGACUAUUGUGGCCUGGUGGAAGCCUUGGAGGAGCCCGACACUGUUUCAGUGGCCCGCACCCUCGCUGUCGUCAGAAAUGUUACUUUAGGGCGCUACCGGAAAAUUGGCCGCCUCUAUCAGGUUGAUGACGUGGAUGUCCAUGGAGGUCGUGAUGUCGGCCUCACUGUUGAUGACGGCGGUGUGGUGCAGGCCAGUAAGUUGGCCACCUUAUUACAAAAAUGGGAGAAAGUGUUUUCUAAACAUGAUGAGGACUUCGGUCGGACGGAUGCCGUCAAGCACACCAUUCCGACGGGAGAUGCAUGCCCCACAAGGGAGAGAUUCAGACCACUGCCACCACUCAUGUAUAAAGAAAUGAGGUCAUUAUUAGCGGACAUGUUGGACAAAGGUGUGAUAACUGAAAGUUCCAGCCCCUGGGCCGCACCUAUUGUCAUGGUCAAGAAAAAAGAUGGGAGCUGGAGGUUCUGUGUCGAUUACAGAAAACUGAACUCUGUUACUCAUAAAGAUGCCUUCCCUCUCCCUAGGAUUGAAGAGACUCUGACCUCCCUCUCCAAGGCAGAGUGGUUUUCCACCUUAGAUUUGGCCAGUGGAUAUUGGCAAGUCGAGGUUGAUCCUAAGGAUAGAGAAAAGACUGCCUUUACUACACCUUUGGGCCUUUUUGAAUUUCAGCGCAUGCCAUUCGGCCUCUGCAAUGCACCUGCAACAUUUCAGAGAUUGAUGCAACAAUGCUUAAGUGGUCAGAUCGCUGAGUCUCUGCUUGUAUACUUGGAUGAUAUAAUUGUAUAUUCACCUGAUUUUGAUACCCACCUACAGCACUUGGAAGAAGUCUUCAUGUUGUGGAAGCAUGGCCUGAAGUUGAGACCUGACAAGUGUAACCUGCUUCAGAAAGAGGUGAGAUUCCUGGGUCAUGUGGUCAAUCAGAGGGGAGUUAUGCCUGAUCCAGAGAAGGUGACUGCAGUUACAGAGUGGAAUGCCCCAAAGACUGUUAAGGAAGUACGGGCGUUUUUGGGCCUGGCAGGCUACUAUAGACGUUUCAUCCAGGGGUUCUCUAAGAUCGCAUACCCACUUAAUUCUCUGUUAACAGGCAUCCCUACUGACAAGAAGCAUGGUGCAAAAUUAAUUGAUUGGACAUUAGAAUGUCAAAUUGCAUUUGACAAACUGAAGGAGGCGUUAACUCAAGCACCAAUAUUGGCCUAUGCAGACUACACCCAGCCCUUUAGGUUGUACACUGAUGCCAGCAAUUAUGGAUUGGGUGCAGUACUGGCACAAAAUCAAGAAGGAGAAGAGCGAGUAAUCGCUUAUGCUAGUCGUAGUUUACACCCUACCGAGAGAAAUGAUGCAAACUAUAGCUCAUUUAAAUUGGAGCUUUUGGCACUGAAAUGGGCAAUUACUGAAAAAUUUAAGGACUAUUUGACUGGUGCCAAGUUCACAGUAUUUACGGACAAUAACCCAGUUGCCCACCUUCAAACUGCCAAACUAGGGGCAGUGGAACAAAGAUGGGUUGCUCAGCUGGCCUCAUUUGAUUUUGAGAGGCGGAUACAGAAGACGUGGCUUUACUGGAGUGGGGUGAAGAUUGGCAGGCUCUACAGUCGGCAGACCCAGACAUACAUCAGGUACGAGUGUAUGUGGAAGAAGGGAGAACCCCAAAUACGACUGAGCAGGCAACUCUAAG